UUGCUGACAGACAUCGACGUGCACAUAACGUCAGUUCGUUCAAAAAAUGGUACACUGUUGCCAGAUCGUUACUGAACAGUUUGCUAAAAUUCAUUUCCGAAAACACCCCAUGUAAUAAUUUAAUAUAUAUUUACCCAAUAUGGCGUCAUUUGCUAGCGGUGCAUUAGGCUUGCGGCGAAAAAAUAAAAAUAAUUAAUAACUAAUUAUUUAAAUGAGAUAUUAUCGUUUCAAGUGUGUUAUUUUUAUUGGAAAGUAAGUUGCAAACAAGUGGAUGUAAUUAAAAAUUUGUCGAAGCUAUUUGUGGCGAGAUGUCGGUUUUUAUCAGCAUGGAGCAGUUUUUAUUUAUUUACAAUUAAACGCAACGAUUGAAAAAUUUUUGGAUUGGAAUUGAAAUAUCUACAUAAAAUUCUACAUUUAGGUAUUUUUUAUUGCAGUUGCAAAUAGGUCAUCUGCUUACAUCACGAUAGUGAAAUAAACGAACAAUUUGUGAUAACCACAAGUGUACAAGAUAAGCAAUACUGUACUAAUGUACAGGAAAAUUAUAAUGUUUAUACAUUUUGGAGGUUGCUAUAAUAUUCACGAUAUAUCAAAUUUUUACAUUGAAAUGAAAUAAAUAAAUUAAACAGUUUUAUGUCUAUUAUCAGUUAUUAUAUUGGUAAAACAAAAUUCCAAGGAUUGAUAAGAAAAAGAACAAUUAUUUCGAUUGAUAAAUACAUAAAAUGAUCUAAGACAUAAUGAAGAUGAGCCUCAUACCAUACAUAUUUUUCUUUGUUUUAUUUGAACUCUUACUUGAAAUAUGGGCAGCAACCCAUUGGGUUGUCACUGAAAAUGUGAGAAUUCAGUCAAUGCCUGAUUCAAUUUUUCAAAUGCGUCGACCAAAUGAUUUACUUUCAUUUUUGGAGCAAGGCAAUCGACUAGAUUCUGUGAAUAAAUUGUUUGAAAGCAUUAAAACAAGAAAGACUCUAAUAGAUAAUCAAUUUGUGGGCCUACAUUCUGCAUCUGACAUUGAAAAUGGUUUGCAUAUGACUGACAUUGACUGCCUAUCUAGGGAACAAUACAAUGUGGGAUUAGAUUUUGAUCAAACUGUAGUUAUCAAUGGAAAUACAAGAGACGGAAUAACAGAUAAAGAUUUUGGUUUUGAUGAUAUACCAAUGGAUGAUGGAAUAAGAAUACCAGACUGUAGAAAAACAUUUCCAUUAGACUUUAGUAUGCAUACUUUUGAACAUCUCACAGCUAUGCAGAAUAGAAAAAAAUUGAAACAGGCACAAGAAAAAAAUUUGAUAAAAUUUACUCCUCUAAAUCUUGAUUUGAAUUCACUUGGUCAUAAUUUAGCUUAUAAGCUGCAUCAAAACAGUACAUCUUGGUUACAUUUGAACUUAGCUAGUAUUUAUUGGAGAAUUAAAGGUGUUACUUAUAAUGCACUUGAAUGCGCACGAAGAGCGAUUGUCAAAGCACCAAGACGCUAUCGCGAUAUACCGCUUUUAACAACUGGAGGAAUUCUGUAUGCUGCUAACCAAUCAGCAGAUGCAGCAAUAAUUUUGCAAACUGCAAUUGAAUAUGCACCAACUGUAAGCUUACAUCAUUUCGCUUUAGCGAACGUGUAUGCACAUUUAGGACAAUAUAAUAAGUCAGUUAAGUACUACGACAACGUUCUAAGAUUAGAUCCUAGUAUGAAUAUAGCGCGAAGCGCGAAACACAAUAUCCUUUGUAAUUUGAAAUUAGAGAGUUCUUUGAGUGCUUUGCACCAACAAUUACUUGAUAUUUUAACGGAACUUCGUACCUAUCACAAUGAACAAACGGAAUUAUUAAGUUUUCAAGAAAAAAUGCUAUGGGAUGAUAUAAAGCAAAUGCCAUUUUUGACAUCUCAAAAUGGAAUUCAUGAUGAAAGUUUGAACUCACUGUUAAAUAGCCGUGGUCAGUCUUGUAUGCAAAGAGGAGAAGAUGAGUCAGUACUAUCCUGUGAUAUAACAUCUGAAAGACAAAUGUUAGCUCAAAAGUUACAAAUAGAUUUUGGAGUUAGUUUACAAGUAUUGAAAAAUGUUGAAAAUCAAGCAAAAGAAAUUAGAGAGCGAAUGACAAAAACAAAAAUUACAACUGAAAAUUUAGAUCAUUUAAGUCAAACGCCUGAUUAUUCAAAAUUUUCGUCAGUUUUUAUGGAACCUACUGGUAGGCCGAAAUAUCAUAAUUUAGAAAUAAAACCCUCCAAUGAAAACUUUGAAAAGCCUGACUGGCCUACAGAAUCUUUCUGUGAAAGCUUAAUACCUUUUGUUCUUGAUGUGAAACAGUAUGUGCCAGUGUACUUACCACCUGAAAAUAAAGGCUAUGUAACUUAUCUAUUUGUCAGUGAACUGAUUGGCAUUGAACCUGACAAAGAACAUCCAGUGCCAUGGUAUCCACCAGUUUGUCAAGUGCAAAAGAUUUUCAAUCGAAAGUAUAUUCCACCUGAAUUGGUGAAAGCUACCACAGGUUAUAAUUUACCUGAUUCUAGUCUCACUCCACUUCUGACAGCGUUAGUCGAAAAUCGAGUCGAAGAUGCUGAGAUCUCAGAAAUUGGGCAACGGAUCUUGACGGCAACAAAUUCCAAAGUUGCAGCCCCGUGGGUAUUGUCGAUGCUAGCAUCGUUGCAUUGGCGUGUCAUCGGGAAACCUCGCAAUGCACUAGACUGUCUUCAGCUUGCUCUCGAUACCGUGCCUAACAAAUUUAGAGACGUCCCUCUUAUCAGCAUUGCCUCAAUUAGUCACAAAUUUAGCCUCGUCGAUAAUGCACUCUCAGUUACCGAGGAAGCAUUCAAGAUUAAUUCUGUUGAACCAAUGACGAAUUUUUUGUAUGGUACACUACUACAUAUCAAAGGAAAUUAUUCUGGCGCGAUUCAUCACUUGAAGCAAACACUUCGAGUAGAACCCCACGCUAUGGAUGGUCGAGCUAUCACUAUGUUACAAACAAUUGCUUGUCAAGAAAGAUUUAGCACAACUCGACCAGGAUCAGAUAUCAGUGAUACCACAACAUGGUGUAUUGGGAUCACAAGUUUACCUGAGAAAUUAAAUAAUUAUUAUUCGAGUGAGGAUGAAAGUAUAAUGUGUGACAGUGAUGGUAAAAAUUGCAAGCGCGUUCAAUGUUUUGCAGUGAAUUCCGAAAAUGACUUAUUAGCUGGCGUCUGAUUGAAUUUUUAAUGUAACAAUUUGUUAACCAUUGCGUUUUAUAUCCGGUCAUAGCUUUAAAAUGUGACUUAAGAAUUGCGAUCUUAUAGAAUUAGAGACAUACGUUUAUAGAAAUAUAAAUAUUUUAUAUGAUAAUUUCGUGAAGAAAAGCAUUGUGUAAUUACUUUUAUUAAUCUUUAUAUUACUGAUUUUUUAAUAAGUUCUCUUAAAAAACGUCUACUCUUUGUGUUGAUACAUCAAUCAUGUUUAAUUAAAUAUAAUUAUAUUUUAUAAUAUUAUAAAAAAAUUAUACGUAUAUUCAAAUGAUGUCCAACUUUCAUUUGGUGUAAUUAGUUCAUAUAUAAAUAUAACUAAAAUACGUAUAUUAUUUAUUUCUAAAAAAAAUAUUGUUAAUUAGUCUUUAAAUGUACACCAUAUUUAUGAAAAUCUAACAAACAAAAUUUUUUACCGAAAAAAGUAUAAAACGCCUUUAAAUAUAUAUUUUGAUCAUAAUUCAACGUGUUUUAAUGAUGAUCGGUGUUAUUUAUGAUUGUUUAUUUGAAUGAUGUUACUGGUUGUACAUCAUGAAGUAGUGAAAGGUUUAUUAUUUUGUUUAGACACUUGUACACCUUGAACAUUUACAAAAUGUUUUUGUAUACAAUGGA